AUGGACGCCGCCUUUGCGCAGUUCCGCAGCGCUCUUAGCGGGCCUUUGCCGGGGCCAGCGACACAAGCUGUUCCACGAGCAGGGCAAGUCGAUGAUCCUGGAACGCGCGCGCGCAGUCGACUCCAGCGUCAUGCGACAGGCGGCCAGCGGGCAUUGUCGCGGGGCCACAGCCGCGGUCGAAGCCGCAGCUACGAGGCACCGCCUUGGCUGCGUUCGCGCAGCGCCAGCCGGAGGCGGAGCCCGUCCCGGCCGGAUCCGUUUCUGGCCGAACAGCUCUUCGCCCGUCAAACUGGAGCUGUCGACUGGACCCAGAUGGUGGGCAACGAGGACUUGUACAAGCAUCGCCAGCAGAGGCUGACGAUUGGCGAUUUUGUGCCGUGCGAGCCUCUACAACGAGAGGUUCGGCACAUGUCACAUCGCUCCCCGAGCCCCGCCAUCGUCUUCCCAGACUCUGUCAGCAGUGGGGCCUCGACUGGCCUGAGCUUUGGCUCGCAGCCCGGACCGGAGGAAGUUGCCGUGAAUCCUGGCGUCCCGCGCAGAAAUCGAUGGAAUCGACACAUCCCGACUGAAGCAGCAGCAGAAGCGGCCGCGGCCGAGACUGCGAUGCCUUCACGUGGUUGCCUGGGUCCAGCCCGCCAGCAAGGUUGGCCAGCUGUACCCCAGCAAGCCACAGCCAACCAGCCUGCAAUUUCCAGGCAAAGCGAGCGGAAGCAGCAGAAGAAAAAAGCCAAGCAGGCCAAGGAGGGAUCAUUGGCCAAGGACGUGGAGAAGGUCAAGCAAGAGCACCUUCUUAGUCUUCUGGAGGCUGAGCACAUUGUGGAUAUGAGCCAGACGGUUGAGGAGCGUUCCGAAGAUCCUGAGCCACAGCCAGCUCCUGCACCUGUGCCGCCGCCCAGCGAAGCAGACGAAACGGCGUCGAUUGUCAGUGCAACGACCAACACCUCGCGCACUCAAGGACGCAUCCGCUUUGAGGAGACAGUGCCGGAGCUCCAGGCAGUACAAGAGGACGAAGGCGAAAGCGAGCGGCGCAGAGCUUUGGAGGAGAUGUUCGAGAAGCAUGUUUGGUAUGUUACAUUUACCGACGAGGCCUUUGUCGAGCUGAGACGAUUGGUCCGCAGUCAGCAGAAGGCAGUGCUGGAUGUCUUCACUGCACUUGCCUCGGGAAAGUGGCCUGAGGAGCACUGCGUGAAGUUGAAUGACACGGGCUACCAGCGCCUCAAGCGUGCAUCGGGCGGCCAGCGGCACAUCCUUUGGAGUUUGGACAUGCAGUAUGUCAGGGCACAGAAGGCCUUUGUGGAGGUCAUCAAGAUUUGGCACGUCCUCGGCGAGGAGGAUUCACAACAAGCUGCAGAUACCUUGAUCGAGGAGUGGAAGAGAUCCGCCAGAAGCUUCGAAGGUAUUAAGCGUGCGCUCCACAACAAGAAAGGCCAUGAGGAGAAUGGUAUCCGCUACCCACGAACUGUGAUGCGCUCCGAACUACAAGACAGUGAUGUGUUCUCGUUGCGAAAGUUCUACACUCUGGACUGGCGGACCAUGAGAUCGCUCCUGAUGGAAGAUGCAGAGGGAGGCCAUCUUGGUGCUGGGGAACAGUUCUUGCUGAACACCUCAGAGCAGGAGGAUGCCAUCAUUGAAAAGAGGGGGCCGAUGAUAGUGAUUGGGCGAAGUGGCUCCGGUAAGACGCUCUGUUGCGCUUAUCGCAUGUGGUAUCGGUGGGUCGACUACUGGAAGAAGUCCAACCAGGCUGAUGGCGCUGCUCUUUUACCUUCUGGAAAGGAUGGCCAGGAUCGCAUGGUCCACUUGAACCAGGUCUUCGUGACGCACAGCACCAGUUUGGCAAACAAGGUGCUGGAAUACUUCUCGAAUUUGCAGCUCAAGAGCCAGGAUGCAGUGCCACAGACGCGUCGCUGGGGGCUUCUGGAGCAGUCAAGGCACCCGGACAACAUCAAGCACGUGAAGAGCUUCCCGUUGUUCAUCACGUACCGAAAGUUCUUGAUCAUGCUGGACGGCAGCUUGGACCGACCAUUCUUCCCCCGACGAAGUACGGGAUCGCUCCACCCAGACAAGGUCGUUCAGGCCGAGGCCGCCGACGGCUUGGACCCCAUCUCCGCUCUCCGAGAACAGCGCCGAGCUGCAGUGAGAGCCCAGGCUUUCGGACGGAAUAGUUCCACUGCGGCUGAGGGCCGAGCCAUGUACGAGGUGGACUACGAUCUCUUCAAGCUGAAGUUCUGGCCAAAGCUGUGCCAAAAGGUGCCCUCUGGCUGCGAUGCGGUGCUUGUCUGGCGUGAAUUUAUGUCCUACAUCAAGGGCUCUUACAGAGUUCUGGACACUGAGCAAGGCUAUCUCGACCUGGCAACAUACCAGGAGAUCACGAGCAAGUGCUCGCCAGGCUUCAAGGACUUUCGCAAGGAGAUCUACACAGCUUUCAAGACGUACGAGAAGCUUCGAGAGGAGUGGAAUUAUUUCGACAGGAUGGAUGUCGCCAGACAUGUCAUACAGCAGCUGAAGAGGACUCCCUACGAGGGACCUCCCAUCCAUUCUGCUGCUGUCGACGAAGUACAAGAUCUAGCCCAGCUGGAACUUGCGGUCUUUUUCGUGGUCAUGAAGAAGCCCUAUGAGGAGCUCUUUCUCACGGGUGACACUUCGCAGACGGUGUCACGAGCCGUCGAGUUUCGUUUCUGCGAUCUGCAGUCCCUUUUCCAUCAUUUCAAUCGAAGUGAGAAAGUACCAGAGUUGGAUCAGCUGCUGAUCAACUACCGCAGCCACCAGAAGAUCCUCGCGCUUUCCCACCGCGGCGUGGUGCAACCGUUGGAACUGGCAUUCCCGCAUGCCAUCGAUAAGCUGGCCGCGGACACGGGCCACCGUGAUGGUGUGCUGCCGGUCAUCGUCAAGGAUGUAGCCCUGGAGGAUCUGGCGCAGCACAUGUUCAACCUCGACGCCUGCAGUGCAGGCAUUGCCUUCGGAGCCAGCCAAUGCAUCCUCGUUCGCAACGAGGCUUCCAGAAAGAAGCUGCCGCAGUCACUGUCCAAUGCUCUCGUGCUCACGGUGGAGCAAUCAAAAGGCCUCGAGUUCGACGACUGCAUCUUGGUGAAUUUCUUCACGGACUCCAUGUACGAGGAGUGGCAGACGAUGAAGAUCUUUCUUCCAGACCUCUUGGAAGGGCAGUCGAAGGACGCAGCUGCACAUCGAAAACGCCCACAGUUUGAGAACUUUCGUCAUGCGUUGCUCUGCUCAGAGCUCAAGCACCUGUACACAGCCAUUACGCGCACGAAGCAUGUGCUCCUGUUCUUCGAGGAGGACAGCGCCAAGGCGUCACACGUCUUCAAGAUGUGGGAAGACCUGGGCCUGGUCAGCUCUUCGGGCCUCAUGGACGAGGCGAACGAAAAGGCGAGGGCGCAGAUUCACCAGCAUGCCGGUGAGAACCGUGGCAAGGAAUCCUGGAUCCACAUGGGACACAACCUCCUCAAUCGGCAGCUCUACGACCAAGCACGAAGUGCCUUCGUUCGUGCGGAGGACCAGAAGAUGGCCAAUAUCUGCGAAGCGUACCUGAAGGCCCAAGAAGCCGCGAGGACGGCAAUGGAAGAAUCGGAAGCGCAGGGUGUUCAACUCUUCCGCGAAGCUGCCAAGCUGUUCCAUGCCAGCAAUGCUCGUCGAGAGGAGGCGGAGUGCUGGCGCUGCGGCGGGUACUUACAGAAGGCUGCGAAAAUCUUCGAGGAUCUUGGCCAAGAGCAGCCUGAUCUCAAGAUCGAAGCUGCAAAAGCCUGGGCCGAAUAUGGAGACCACGCCCGUGCGGCUCGGCUCUAUGAGGAAGAGGGCCACUUCGAUGAGUGCAUUCGGACCUACCUCCUUGCGGAGCAAAAACAAGAUGUCGGAAGAGUCGUGCUGGUCGCACACGAAGCUCAGGCACUGAAGGCAGAUGAGUGCUUCCGCUACCUGCAGGAUAUCGAUGAUCAUGACAGGGCCGGCGAGCUGUUUCUCCGCGAGGGGAAUUACGAACAAGCUGCCUCCUGCUUUCAGAGUGCUGGAAACUUGAAGCAGGAGGCGGGCUGCUACGAAUGCCUGGGCCAACCCCUGCGGGCAGCCGAGCGUCUGAGUGCCAGCAACGAAGCAGAGCAUCUCAAGCAAGCUGCAGCCCUCUACCGUGAUCACGAGGAGCGCGAGGCGGAAGCGAAGUGCUACGAAAGCCUCUUGAAGAUGGAUGACCUGCCCGAUCGCCAGCAUAUCAUUGAGAAUUGCAUCGUUCUGUACGACAGGUUGGAAGAAUGGGGCAAGGCGGCCGCACUGCUAGAGGAGUUGGCGACUGUCGACGAGCUGAUGGCAGGCGACAGCUUGCUAGAGGCAGUCCGGUAUUUCGCGAUGGUAGAUCAGCCCAUGGACCAAGCUCGCGUUUACGAGAAGAUGGCCAAGCUCGGACCGAUUGACAACCUCUUCGAUGCUGACGAUGCUCUGAGGUUUCUCAAGAAGGCGGCCGAGCUGUAUUCCGACGCCAAGGCCUUGAAGGAUCGGCUUCGAGUGUCGGAGAGGCUGAAAGAAUUCAAGGUCUGCGGCGACCUUGCGCGGGAAUUGAAAGAAAUGGAGAGGGCCGCCCGCUUCUACGAAAAGGCUGAGACGGAAGACACGCUCCAGCUGGCCAUGGAGUGCAUGAUCGAAGCCAAGGACUUCGAGUCGGCAUACCGCUAUUUCUCGCUUCUCUCAAGAACGUGUCAGUCCAGGCCAGAGAUCGUGGAAAUGGAGAUCACAUGUUUGGAAGGACUUGGCCGUUUCGAUGCGGCUGCAAGGCGAGUCAUGGCAACUUUGCCGGUCAUCAACGACAACAUCUCAGGCCAGCGCCGGCAAGAAAGGGCUCUGAGAGGAUUCAAGCUGGCCAGCCAGGAUGACGAGAAGCGGAAGCAAUUCUUCGCAGACUUUAGCGAUGAAAUGCCAGACGAAGAAGCAGCUCUCGUUUAUUGGGCGGAGCUCGGCGAGAACACGCUGCAUUUGUUCGAGCUUUUCCUGCAGUGCGGGAAACCCGUGGCUGCCGUUGCGGCAGCUUCAGAGUUGGGUCGUCCAGAAGAAGCACUGCAGCUUCUCCACAAGUGCCAAGUAUCUUGGGAGGACUGGCACGGUUAUACUUUGGAUAUUCUGAUGACGGCAGUCCAGCAGAAGAAGCUGAGCGACAAUCAAGCGCGGGGACUUGGCAAAGCCAGCCGUACACUCCGAAACUCUCUGCCUGAAGGCGCACUUCAAGAGCGGGUUCGCCUCGACUAUGUCGAUGCUGUGCUUCGCCGCCUGGGUGGCGAUGGUGGCAAGGAAAAGCUUGCGCUGCGCUCGUCUUACACCUCGACCGAAGUUUCCCCAGAGCUCAACCUCUGCUUCGGGGAAGAACUUGCGCUUGCAGAGUGUGCUCAGGUCGCAGAUGCCACCUGGACCUUGCAGCAACUUGAGUGGUACAUCAACGAGGUUUCGCAAGGCAACCAGAUACGGCCUCUGUUGGCCGGCUGCUAUCAGGCUGGCACAAAGCUGCAGCAAGUCUUGUACAAGGAGCUCAACGACGUUCGGCGCAAGCAAGGUCAUCCUCCUGUAGAUGCGACCGGGGUCAUUGCGCAGGGCCACUGCCUGGCUCACCGACCUGAUGUGGCCGAGGCUCUGCCGGGAUUCGCAGGUGCCUCACGGCUUGUGGAUAGCAAAGGCGCGAUCUUGGAAGACCUGGAGGAGCGUCGGCUAGCUUUGCUGCAGCACCUGCAGAAGCUUUGCAAAAAGGAUGAUAUGCUUGCUUGCACCGCACCUUCCUUGUGGCUCACCGCUUGGAAGCAGCAUGAGAGCCGCCCUCAACAGAUGUCGCGGACGCAGAACUUCAAGGAUGGAUUCAUGAGAAGUUUGCAGUCGUGCGCAUCGUUGGUAUCGGCAAAAAACUUGGACAAAGAAGUGAUCGACAAAAUGCCAGAAGCUGCAGAAGACUUGUGGGUUCGUACACGGAGAGAUGCAGAAAGCGUGCUCAGGAAUCCUUCCAUGACGGCUAGCGAGUUCAAGAAGUACUCUCAAGAGCUCCAGCGAGUUAUCAAAGAUGUCGCCUCCCUCUUCAAGCACGAGAUUCGGCUUACAGAGUCGGAUUCGGCCAAAGUGGUCAGGCAAGUGGCGGAGAAGGUGGCUGAAUUGGUGUUGAAAGAUCUGGAAAAGCUGAUGCCCAUCUGUCCGCAUCACCUUUUCAACAAAAGAUGCGAAGCUCACAAGGCAAAAGGAGAGUGUCCGCUGGAGCACCCGGAUGUCAGCAAGACGCAUGAUUCAUGGCAACUCUUGGGCAUCAGUUGUGGAAAAGCAACAAUAUUCCAUGGCAUUGGCUUGAACAGCUGGCUGGGCAUUGUGAAUAUUUGUCAAAAGAGUGUCAGGACGGGGCAGCCUUGCAAGGGCAAGUGUCGGUGGAUGCACCCCGAGAAGUAUGAGCUGCAGAAGAUACAAGAGAAGCUGUGGAAUAAAUGUGGUACUUACUAUUUCGACUGGGCAAAACUUGCGCACUUGGAAGUAGUCGCAGAGGUGCUGCUGCAGUCGCUACAAGCCGAAGGAGCAGAUCUCAAAAUCCCGAGCGGGUUUGGCUGCUGCUUCUUCAAGGACGGCGACAAGAUGUUGAAUGUUCGCUUGGCGACCAUUCUUGCAUCUGCGUUCUUGAAUAAGCGUUGCUGUGACCUGGGCCUGGAGGCAUCUACGGAAGUGCUGCUGCGCAUGUGCCGCAGCCUUUACCGCUAUCCCGAUCCGCAGGCCGCGGAUUUGGCAAAGGCUACUCUGGCAGAAGUGCGGUAUGUUGAAAAGCUGUCGCACACAGUCAGCUGGGAGGUGGAAGGCUGCCAGCCAAAGCCUAACGAACGAUGCUUGCUGUCAAGCUUGCUGGGACGCGAACAGCCUUGGGCGGCCAAUGACAGACCCUUUCACACAGGUGGUGGCUCCUCAUCCAGGAUGAGAGCAGAUGCUCCCGUGUUCCUUGCCUUUCUUACACCUCUUUGGGGUCUGGGCCCGGUGCCAAACCUCUUUUUCACGGCUUCUGAGCGGCCAUGCUCCAGCAGGUUGAAGGCUUACCCAACCACUGCAAAGUACCAGCACCAAGCCGAUCCUGUGCGCUUUACCUCUGUUCCCAGAGGUACACACCGCAAUCUCAGCAGCCUCGACAGCGAGCCUGGUUUGGCAACGCCGCGCGGGAUUUGCACUGGACUGCCUCGGGACGGAAAAAGCACGUCGUGGCAAGUGCAAGCCGUACCGUUAGUGUCUCUGUCGCUGUGGUUGUUGAGUAAUGUUGAGUAUGGUGGGGAUUGCGGUGGAGUCGGUGGUGGCAUGGAGAGCGCCCAUCCGCCACCGAUGCACAUGUCCCACAGCGGACGCCAGGUUAUGGAGAAUCAGUGUUUGAAUGAAGGUUUUCACAUCAUGCCAGCCAGGAAUUGCAACAUGACUGAAACAGCAAACCAGGUGCGAGAAAGGAAAGAGACGAGCUCUGCGCAGCUGAACGCCAGACUGGGCACCAAUGCCAUCAUCGAGGAGCUGCAGCUUUCGGGCGAGCGGCUGCACUUCCGUAAGAUCGAAGGGGACGGCCCAGAUGCGGGCUGGGUCAGUACGAGGCUGAAAGGCAAGGAUCUUGUGCUUCCCUUGGACGAGAACUGUGGAGCCAGGAGGCCCCUCGUUGCUUGGAAGGACUUGUCUGGUCAAGCGUUGGGCCCAUGGCUCGCGCACGAGGAUAAGGUCACGACGGUUCACUUCGAUUCCGUUGGAUCGUGUCCUCACCUCGUCAGUGCUUGCUGGUCCGCAGCCUCGGUCCGAGCAUGGGAGCUGUCUGCACGCCCGCGGCAGCUGUGGGAUAUGACGACGUCAGGGCUCGUGAGCGACGUUCUGUUCACUUCGGCGCAUUGUUUGUUGACAGCUGUCUCUGCAAAUCCGAUGCCAUCCGGCAGCGUUUGUCACCAAGCCGACUUCAAGCAACGCAUGGCCGAGCAGGAUGACCAGCUCGGCGACGGUGAUCAGCUGGUUUGUUGGUCUACCAGCCAGCCAGCGCCGUUGCGAAGGCUGGCGUUUCACCAGCGUGGAUGUCAUCGGCUGCAGGCCUGGCCGGCCGCAGCACCGGAGCUGGUUGCAUCGGCGUCGGCGGACCGCUUGGCGGUGGCAGCCGUGGAGGGCGACGGUUGCCCGAAGCCCGAACCGGCCUGGAACGCCGUGCGGCCGCAUGGUGAUGGCAAGCUUCGACACCUCGCGUGGGAAUCGGCAGAGCGCCUUUGGAGCUGCGACACAUCAGGUCUGGUCAAAGUGUGGGACGUUGGUUCGGGCAGCAGUUCUGCAAUUACGGAGACGCGCCUUGCUGUGGAGAAUGCAUCCGCGCUGGCAUUCUUGGGAGGGCCUGGCUUGCUGAUCGCGCACGAGACAGGUUUCGCCUUCGUCGACCCGGGCAGUGGCAAGUUGAUGCGCCAACAGUACACCAAGGACGUCGUGGCCACUGCCUGUGGGGUGUCUCAGGGGCAAACGGAUCAGUCUGACUUCUUCGCUGGAGUUGGCUGCAAUCUGGUCCGCUAUGAGACCCGCUUCACUGGUGCGGAGGCGAAGGGCCAUGCUGUAGGCAUGUGGACCCUGCCUGCGAAAGUUACGUCUGUGGAUGCUGUGAGCCAGAGCACUACUCUGGUGGCUGUGGGCCUUCAGGAUGGCAAGCUAGCAGUCUUCGAUGCAGAAUGA